AUGCUGGGUCUCUACUUAGACUGCGGCAAAUUAGAUGCUGCCAAGCUCGUGUUUGAGAACAUGCCGGAGGGGAAUCUAGCCUCGUGGACUUCCAUGGUCAGAGCAUAUGCCGAGGCCGGAUACCCAGAAUAUGCCCAAAGUAUCUUUCUACACGACCUCCCAACCAUAGUUGCCGCAGCUGCUCAGUAUGGGUAUUUGGAAGAAUCCUUACGAUUGCCGUACUGCAUGCCGUAUUGGAACACUUUGGCGUGCAAUGCCGUGCUAGCAGCCUUGGCGAAAGCUAAUAGAGUGCAGCAAUUAGAAAUUAUGAUCAAUUAUAUUUUGGAAAAAGAUAUUGUAACGUGGAACAUACUUUUGACUGCAUAUGCCACGAAUGGGGAUUUUGAGCGAGACAUGGACCUUUUCACUUUUGCGUUCGAGAAAAAUAUGGUAUCCUGGAAUAUUGUGGUAUCGUUUCUUGCUUGCAGGGACCAAUUGGAGGAAGCGAGAAUCUAUUUUGAAACUAUGCCGGAGCAAAACACUGUACCAUUAUGCGCAUUAAUUUCUGCAUACGCCCUAAUGGGGCACCUAGACGAGGCAAGACAAUUUUCCAGAGCUGCACAUAUUGAGAGCACUGAAAUAAAAACAGCAAUGUUCAGCGCGUUUGCGGAAAAUGGAUGUGUAGUAGAAGCCAAAUAUCUGUUUGAAAGUGGUACAAAUCAUGAUUUGGUGUCGUGGACUGCUUUUAUGACCGCAUUUGCCCUUAAUGGGCAUUUUUGUCGUUGCGGGUCCUUGUUCUUGCGUAUGCCCGAAAGGGACGUGGUUGCAUGGACCACACUGCUUGCAGCUUACGCACAGAACGGCAGGUCCGACGAGGCACUAUACGUUUUCCACUCCAUGAACGCCAUGGACGUGUCCGUGGAUGGAUGCUUUGGCUGUGCGCUCGUGGCAUGCAGCCACGUUGGCAGCGUCUACGCGGCAAGAUCUUGCUUCGUGUCGAUAGAGAUGGACUUCCAUGUACAGCCCGUGAAGCUCCACUUUCGGUGCAUGAUCGAUGUCUUGGGGAGAGCCGGGUAUUUGCAUUCUGCCCAGGAGCUGCUCAAAACCAUGCCCUUCGAGCCCGAGACUGUGGACUGGAAGUGCCUCUUGGGGGCAUGUAGGAGCUACAGAUCCUCCGUUGAGUUUGGGAAUUUCGUUGCCAAGAAUGUCAUUGACAAGGAUCCGAGAGGAGCUACUGGUUAUGUCCUUGCAGCCAACAUGAUGGUCUCCUAG